UAAAAAAUGUAUCAAAGAGCGAGGGCUGAAAAAUCAGAAGUACAGGAUCUCAUCUACGGAGGUGGGGCUGGAACUGGAGCUAAUAAGAACUAUAUGAGACAAAACUAUGAGGAACUCCAACAAAUUCAGAGAGAAACCCAGCAUAAGCUUCAAAAACAAAAGGCCGAUGCCACUAAAGAAAAUAAAUGGGUGCUUAAGAAAUUCAGAGAUGUCAAACCCAAGCUUGACAGAACUGGUGGCUUAAGCAAGGAGAAUUAUAAAUCUGAAGGGCAUGUACAAGCUCCUGACCAUUCGAGAUCCAAAACUCAGGAUCAUGGUAGAGCCCCUCCAGCUCCUACUCAAGGAAGGAAAAUGACCAAAGCUGAAAAAUUUAAGCAAAUGAAAAUGCAAGGAAGACCUUUGGACGAGAAGAGUCAGAAUAAUAAAGAGCCUCCAAAGAGAAGCUCUACUCUCCAAUCUGCUGGAAAUGAUAUGAUAUCUUCUACUCAUAGUCGAGGUAGCUACAAACGCCCAGAAGCAAGUUAUAAUCCUCCGAAACCUAAAGCCACUCAUAAACCUCCUCAGGCUCCAAAGAGAGAGGCACCUCCUGCUAGUUAUAAAAUAGGUGCACAUAAUCCACCUCCACCAGAGCAACCAAACAUCGUAUACUACACUCCUGAAAGCAAGGAAGAUAUCUAUGCUUUGGGGGAGAAGGUAGAUCCAGUGGCUGCUCAUCGUGAGAAGUAUGCUCCAAGGAACAUCCCUGUUCCUAAGAAGAAGACCCAAUCCAAGCCUUUCAUGGAGGAAGAGCACAAGGCUCCCAAAAAGCAAAUAAUCCCAAAAGAAAAGGGAUAUAUUGCUCCAAAGAAGCAGAAGAAUUACAUAAAGUCUAACUACAAAGAAGCUGUUGAUGAGAACUCCAUGAAGGUUAAGGCCAGAGGCACAGUCUCCAAUAAGGAGGAAGCAAAGGGUCCUAAGCACAAGAGUUUUGGUAAAGUCCCCAAAUACCUCAACAAGUACAAUAAUGAGAGAAAGCAACAGGAAGAAAUAAAAGCUAGGAUGGAAGCUGAUAAGGAUGUCCCUCCAGGCUGCAAAAGAAUGGACGAGGGUGAAAGAUUAGCUACCCUAAGAGAUCUCGAGAACAACAAGAAAGAAGUCAACACCGUGCUUGAGAAAUUACCUAUCAGUAUGAGAACGCAUGCGCUUAAUAAGAGGAGAGAUGAGCUUGAGAACAAAUUAGUUGAAAUUGAUAGAGCCAUUGCUAUGUUUUCCAAAAAGGUAGUUUAUAUAGCUUUGUAAUCAACAAAUAAUUCACAAUAAUUCAAUACCA